CUCAAGUGUGUCUGCCGCUCCAGACAUUAGCCCGCGGGGGGGCCGAAGAGAACAUGACCGGAUGGGGAAUCCUCGCCUACUCCAUCGUCCCAGUGGGGAUUGUAUUGAUGCUGCUGCUGUUGAGUGACGCAAAUAUCUUGAUGUACAUCGCUGCCAAGGUUCUCAGUGCACCGAUCACCAUUGGAAGCCUUCGCCUGAACGUAGCCACCAUUGCUACAGCCUUCUGCGCCUGCCUGACGGUGCUGACUUAUUCUGGAGUGCAGAGAUCCAUGAGCAAGUACGUGGUGAAUAGCAACCAGCCGCAGAUCCUCCCGAGAGACUAUGACAAGAUGAAGAUGUUCUACGACGAACGCAACUUUUGGAUGUCUUUGUUGGGCCUCAUCACCUGGUCUGCUGCCUGGCGCCUCGAGUCUCUCUACCUCAAGCGUACAGCUCCGGCCGGAGGGGCAGUGCAGCGGUUGGGUCCCCGGUCCUUGGGUAUGCGGGGUGUGUGGCUCACUGUGGGCUGCGGCGUGCUGCUGCUGGCGGAUUUGCCGCUCUGUAGGGCCAACUACAAGAUGCAGCUGGCCAAUUACGUGACGCCUGGAAAGGAGGUGCUUCUCCCACAGGCGAAGGAGUGCGAGGGCGUGAUGUUGAGCCAGGCGCAGGGCACCUGCCAGAACUUCUGCCAAGAGGUUCAGGCGUUGAGCGAGGAGCGCCAGAACUGUGUGCUCUUCGCGCGGCGUUGGCACUUGCUGGGCCGCUGGGCCGCUCAGCUCUUCGACAGCGCGCGAGACGUGCAGCAGGACCAAGGGCGCAUGGACCAGCUCUUUGCUAAGAAGACCUGUGCGCAGGUACUGCAGAGCGUGGACAAGAGCAACCAGAUCGUGGAUACGCUGUGCUCUGUGGCAGCGGUGCUCGCGGUGCUCGCGGCCUUUGCAGCGAUUGCGCAUGGCCUGCAAGAGGCGCCCAAGGAGCGCAGGGAUUAGCCCAAGCGCCUCGCGCGAGCGCGCGGCUUGCGCAGCUGAGGUGCGAGCGAUAGAAACCCUCAAGGGUCGUGUAGGAAGCCGGGGUUCCCUGAUGUGCGGGCUGGGAGUGAAGGUAACAGGGGCA